UUCACGAUCUUCACGACAAGUCUUACGACGUACACAUGGCGCUCUCUCCAGAAGAACACGCUCACGGACAGUCGAGCGAGCCGCUCUCCGGGACGCCCACCCUACACAAUGAACCAAUAGAUGUCCCACUCAGGGAGAAGUCAGCCACGGACCCGAACCCCGAGACUGCACCAGAUAGAGGCGUUCGAGAGGAGUAUCCAGAAGGCGAAACCGCCUCGGGGGACACGCACAUCUCCACCAGCGAUACGAUAGUGGUCGACUGGAAUGGACCUGAUGAUCCAGAGAACCCGAAAAAUUGGACAUUCAAGCGCAAAUGGGCAGCAACCGCCAUCAUAUCUGCGUUCACCUUCAUCAGUCCUGUAUCGUCCUCCAUGGUUGCACCCGCCAGCGACCAGCUAGCGGCGGACUUGGGCAUCACUAGCGACGUCUUGAUAGCACUCACCACAUCAGUCUUCGUCCUUGCAUACGCUUUUGGACCACUCUUCUUGGGCCCUCUGAGCGAAAUCUUUGGCCGCUCGCGCGUGCUUCAGCUAGCAAACCUGUGGUACCUCGCAUGGAACCUGGGUUGUGGCUUUGCUCAAAAUAAAAGCCAGUUAAUUGCCUUCCGGUUCCUCGCCGGCCUCGGCGGAAGUGCACCCCUGUCUAUCGGUGGCGGUGUGCUCGGCGAUUGCUGGCGACCGGAGGAACGUGGUCAAGCUGUCGCACUUUAUUCGCUUGCACCGCUGCUGGGCCCUGUCGUCGGCCCUGUCGCGGGCGCGUGGGUCGCGCAGAAGUCAACCUGGCGCUGGGUGUUCUGGUCAACAAGUAUUGUUGACGCUUUCAUCCAGGUUCUCGGAGUCCUCUUCCUCCAGGAAACGUUCGCGCCUAUACUACUAGAGCGCAAGGCAAGCAAGAUGCGCCAGGAGAUGACCGGCGAUCCCGAGAAGGGCGGCGCCAGGGAAAUACGGACGGUCUACGAUAACACCGACCGCCAUUGGCGGGAGAUCGUCUCCAAGGCCCUCGUCCGUCCCUUUAAGCUAUUCUAUCGUGAGCCGAUCGUGCAGCUUCUCGGUGUCUAUAUGGCUUUCAUUUAUGGCCUGCUAUACUUGUUCCUCACAACCAUCCCUUCGAUCUUCGAGGGUAUCUACCACCAGCGUGUCGGCGUUGCCGGCCUCCACUACAUCGCACUGGGUGUCGGUUUGACUGGUGCAUCACAAAUAAACGCCCUCUUCAUGGACAAGAUCUAUGUGUACUUCACCAAGAAGAACGGCGGUGGCGGCAGACCAGAGUACCGCCUACCACCAAUGCUACCCGGCACGAUCUGUCUUCCCAUUGGACUCUUCCUGACCGGCUGGACCGCCCGCGCCGACAUACACUGGAUCGUGCCGGACAUCGGCAUCGCGUUCGUUGGUGCGGGCACAAUAUUGAACUUCCAGGCGAUCCAGACGUACGUCAUCGAUGCGUUCACGCUCCAUGCCGCGUCCGCACUCGCGGCAGUCACGUUCUUGCGUUCGUGCGCCGGCUUCGGCUUCCCCCUCUUUGCGCCCACGAUGUACAACGCGCUCGGGUAUGGCAAAGGCAACUCCAUCCUUGGCGCCAUCGCCAUCGUCGUCGGAUGCCCCGCGCCAUGGGUACUCUGGACGUACGGCCAGCGUAUCCGCCAGGCGAGCAAGUACGCGCGGUCGUGAUCUAGUUUUGCCGCCGUUGCUCGUUAAUUUCUGGACGUUUGCACAUCCUGCGAUGCACGCUCACAUCUACGGCCUUCAUGAUUAUACGAAUGCUCUAGAUACAGCAAAGUAGAGUGACAUUCCCACAUUAAAGAUUCCCC